UUCAUAUGACAGGGAUCACAUGACAGCCAGCAGGGCUCCUUGGUCCAGAUAGCAACACAGUGGUCGGCUACACCGAGAGAGAGAGGCUAGCUGUUAGCUUCACCUGUCCCCAGAGCCGAAAUGAGUUUCCUCGGGGGGUUGUUUGGGGCUGUCUGCGAGAUCGAUGUGCUGCUAAAUGAUGCAGAGAACAGAAAGACAGCUGAACUGAAGACAGAAGAUGGCAAAGUGGAGAAACAUUACAUGUUUUACGAUGGGGAAUCGGUCUCUGGGAAGGUGAACCUGAACGUUAAGCAGGGGGGGAAGAGACUCGAGCAUCAAGGCAUCCGCAUUGAAUUUGUGGGACAGAUCGAGCUGUUCUCUGAUAAGAGCAACACCCAUGAGUUUGUGGACCUGGUGAAGGAGCUGGCCUUGCCCGGUGAGCUCGCCCAGAACCGGAGCUACGACUUUGAGUUCAUGCAGGUGGAGAAGCCCUACGAGUCCUACACUGGGACUAACGUCCGCCUCAGGUAUUUCCUCCGUGUGACAAUAGUCCGUCGCCUGUCUGACCUGGUGAAGGAGUACGAGUUGAUCGUCCACCAACUCGCCUCCUACCCAGACGUGAACAACUCCAUCAAGAUGGAGGUGGGCAUCGAAGACUGUCUGCAUAUCGAGUUUGAGUACAACAAGUCCAAGUACCACCUCAAAGAUGUCAUCGUGGGCAAAAUUUAUUUCCUGCUUGUGCGGAUCAAGAUUCAACACAUGGAGUUACAGCUCAUUAAGAGGGAGAUGACUGGUAUAGGUCCUAGUACUACCACAGAAACGGAGACGGUUGCAAAGUAUGAGAUCAUGGACGGGGCGCCCGUUAAAGGAGAAUCCAUCCCUAUCAGACUAUUUUUAGCAGCAUACGACCUGACGGCCACCAUGAGGGACGUCAACAAGAAGUUCUCAGUUCGUUAUUUCCUCAACCUAGUGCUGGUGGAUGAAGAGGACAGGAGAUACUUCAAGCAACAGGAGAUUGUCUUGUGGCGGAAAGCACCCGAGAAGAUGAGGAAGAGAAACUUCCACCAGCGCUACGAGUCGCCAGAGCCCCGGCCGCAGCCUGUGACCGCCGAACAGCCCGAGAUGUGAGGCUCGCUGCAUCAGACUGACAAUCCUCAGACACACACGCCCUCGAACCAGGCCCUGCUCGACGGCCAGAUGGGUGACCACUGCCCCCCCCCCUUCCCCCCCUUUCUCUCUGACUGAAAAAACAUUUGUACACAUAAUUACACACACUCACACCUACAUACACACCCACACCUCAAUAACUCAACACCAGGAGGCUUGAUGUGAGUUAUGCAUAAAAACGCACACAGAGAGGUUUGUCAUAUAUCAGGACACGCAAGCAUACGAUUUAGGUCUGCUUAGUGCAAAUAAAGACAUGGCGUCGGUGGUGGGGUGGGCAGAAGGUUUCAAUCUAUUUAACUGGAGCAGCGCGAAGGCAAUGGGAGAUAGCAUAUUUGUUCUCGGCAUUUCAGACAGUUACGCGCAUGCAGACACGCACUCGCACAGAAAUGUACACGCACAAUGCAAGCCAUAAAAUCCCAGCCAGGCAUAUGCAGAAUGGAGAGGAUGGAAGGAUACAGCCUGCAUUUAGGACAUUGGCUCAGUCUGCACUCAAUACACAGGUCGCACUGUACGAAAAUCUACCUAUUUCAUAUUAUUACACAACAAUCAUUCUCAGCCCAUCCUUAUUUAAUUUAUUUACUCAUCGACAUCUUGUAAAAAAAAAAAAGAAAAAAAAAGUCUGAACUACUGUUUUUGGUAUCAACUAGUUUGGGGUCAUGCGACAAAAAUAAACCUAAGUAUACUCAGUUAGAGGCAUAGUUGGGUUUCCAGUUCUCUGUUUUAAUCGUCCUUAGCCCAGUUCAUUGCUUUGGCAACCGCACAGCCUUUCUUUCUAUCACCGUAGCUCACAGAUCAGAAUGUGCUCUGCUGUCUGCAGUCCGCUGGAGGCCACAGACGUGUGGACAGUAAGGCUAGCCGGCCCUCAUACUUCUCCUCUUUGUGGUCUUCUGCAGAAAUUCUAAGUACCGCAUUGCAGAAGUGUCCUUUUUUUGAGCUAUGUGUGAUCUGUUGUAUACUGUAAAUAUAAAAUGUUAUUACAGUGAAUGAAAAGAGAGCUACUAAUAUUUCAUUUGGAAUUCUGGAAGAAAGCCCGGGGAGCCCUCCCUUUUUAAGUGCACCGUGUAAUUGGUUCCCGGGAUUUAGACUUGAGGUAAACGCUGAAACACUUGAGUCCACCGGAGAUCCGGGUUUUUUGUCACUUUAGCAACCAUGAUUGCUUCAUUAAACAUGUCCAAACUAUGAAGCAAGGACAGGAAAGCCAUGCGGAUUGGCAGUUAUAAGAGAGUGGGCAAGCAAGUUCAAUAAAAACACAACAUGGGAUUGAAUUGACCCAAAUCUUUUUUCUUUUUUCCACGGUUGUCUUAUGUGGCUAAUGUUGGUCCUGCAAGGGGUGCACUUAAAACAAUACUGUCAUUAUUUAGAUCCAGCCAUAUUUCACUGUGAUGCUUUGUCCAGCGGUUACACACACACACACACACACACACACACACACACACACACACACACACACACACACACACACACACACACACACACACACACACACAGUGAUGUGUUCGGUGAAUCUUGCCUUCCCCUGCACUUUUGCACUUUCCCCUCCAAUGGUUUGGAUUAGCAAAAGAAGCAGGGGAGCCCAUAGCAAAACAGCACUCAAACACAAAAAACCCUCUGAUGUAUGGAAUAACAGCACUUCCUUAGAAACGUUGUAUUGCCAUGUCUGGUAUUAUUUAAUCAUGUUUGUCCUUGUAGAAUCAUUACAUAAUCUCUUCAUGUCCAACUCCUGCAACAAUGCUUUUUUUUUUUUUUUUAAAGCAGCAAUCUGUUCACAUUUCUCAUGUCAUGUGCUUGUAUGAGGUUUGAGGGUUGAGAGCCUUCCACCUGCUUUGUAUGUCAUGAUUGUUCAUUGUUUGCUGUGCAACAGUUGCUUCCACACAAAGCCUUCUGAGCACUGUAAAGGCAUUUAAGCUUGUUUGAAAUGUUAAGAAGCAUAAUGAACACAAAACAUCAAAAUAGCCCUGUCCCAAUCACAUUACACAUUGCAUGUUAAUAAAAGCUGUCAACACGCCCAAGUGUAUGGAUGGCUAAUAUUUGUAUAUAUAUACAUAUACCCCAGUCAAGAUAUAGAGCUAAUUAAUCAGUGAAUAAAGGAGAUUUAUACUGAAUAUUUUUGAGUCUUAUUUGAGAUUCUGUUAUUUAAAUGUGUUUAUUAAUUAAGUGGUUUAUUGUGAGAAAUAACUCUUAAAAGUGUGCUUUUGAAUAAAAAAAAACAUGUAAAAUG